GUACCAUCUUACAGAAAAAACACUUCAUCAUCUAGCACUGAUUUAUGCAGCUUUGGUAUCAUUUGGGCUAAAAUCAGAAGAACUGGAUGUAAAGCUUAUAAUUGCCCCAGGAGUGGAAGAGGCUGCACUGAUAAUUCGGCAAAUUGCUGAUCACAAUUUAAUGACCUCGAAGAGAGAUCCUCGUGAAUGGUUGGAUAAAUCCUGGCUUGAAGUUUCACCAUCUAAGGAAGAAAUGUACUUACUUGAUUUUCCAUGUAUUAACCCAUUGGUGGCUCAGCUCAUGUUAAAUAAAGGACGUUCACUGCACUGGAUAUUAUUAGCAACUCUGUGUCAACUUCAGGAGCUUUUACCUGAAGUUCCAGAAAAAGUGUUAAAGCAUUUUUGUAGCAUCACUUCCUUAUUCAAGAUUAGUUCUUCUUCCAUAACAAACUCACCUCAAAGUCCAUCACCUCAGGAAAAUGGAAAUCAGACUAGUACCUUCACCUCCCAGAGUUCAGCUUCUGGCUCUUCAAACUCUGUCUUUCAAGGACAUAAUGAAAAUUACCACUUUUCAGAUAUAGGAGAGGCAGUGCACGGAGACACAAACAGCUCUUCAAACUAUAACUCUUCCCUUAUGGAACUAAGAGAAAUGCCAUGCGUUUUACCACCUGUGACUUCUUACAAUCAGGCCAGCUGCUGGAAAGACUCCAGUUGUAACCCAAACAUAGUGCAUAAUCCUUUCCUGAUUAAUACAGAAUCAAGGAAUGUAGCUGGUGACUCCUUUCAAAACCAAAAUGAUUCAGAGUCAGAUGUCUUUUGUUUGGAUCUAACACAAAUAAACUAUGAAAACAUAGUAUCACCAAUUGACAUUCAGAAGAGAGUUGCCCCUAAUUUUAUAAAUUACCAGAAAAAGGGAACACAUGAUGCAAAAGGACAUAUAAAUAAAGAAGUGUCUGCCCCUAGCUUUUCACUAGAAGGCUCCCAAUCUCCUCUUCCCUGGAACUUUAAGAAAGAUAUAUGGGAACAACAGAAUCACUCAUUCAACUUAAAAUAUGGUGCAAAGCAGACUGCAUGUGACAAAUGGUACUCUCAGGAAGAUAAUUUAUUCACUAAUCAGCAAAAAUGUCUAUCUGAUGAGUUAGAAGACUUCAUAUGUGAAAGGUCAAAUGCUGGGACUAAAAGGACUUCCUGGAAAGAAUUACCGUCUGCCCCCAGUUUGGAUUUAUUUUGUGCUUCUGAUCCUAAUGUAAAUAAAAAAGAAUUCAGUCUUUAUUUCCAACAAAGAGCUGGAAAAUGUUUAGGACAGAAGAGGCACUGUGACUCCUCAUCUAACUCAGGAGACAAGAAAUCAUUACCAGAUUUCAUGUGCUCACAACUACCACAAUUCAAAAAACGGCGUCUGGUGUAUGAAAAAGUCCCUGGUAGAGCUGAUGGACAAACUCGUCUGAGGUUUUUUUGAAGGAAAGGAUAGUAUUCUGUGCCACAUUCCUUUGUUUUUGAUGAAAAUCUAGUAACAAAAUGAUUUAGAUUUGCUCAUUCAUUAAAUAAAAUACAUUUGUUACAUGUUCUUGGUUUUUCCAUAUUAAAUUUUCAAAAUAUAUAUUCUGCCCUAUUGUUUGCAUCUUUGUAUGUUAAAUAUUCUAAUUGGCAUAGUUGUCAUAAGAUCCAAUUAUCUUCUAGAUUCACCUGAACACUGCAAGCCUUUUUUUUUUUUUUGAGCAGUAGGUACAAUAUAUACAUCUAGAGCAACAGCAGUAUAUACAGUAUUGUAUCUAUAUAUAAAAGGGUUAUUUAGUUGUCUUCUGAAGGGCUCACUGCUUCCCACCUUUCCUCCAGCAAGCCA